UGAAAAUGGAGUUGGAUGGAAAAUGGAGUUCAGAGUAGAGACUGGUUCACUGCUGAAAAAACCCUGGCACUCUUCCCUCUUGUAAAAGCCACAGAAAUACAGUUGAGCUCCGAACCAUGAUGUGCCAUGGCAAUUGAUCGCAACAAAAUCUUGUUGGAAUUUAAAUUACACCACAAACGAAAACCCUAACCGAGUCAUCACCACUCACCGAGUCAUCAUCAUAUCGUAGAAAUACAGUUCAGAAUGAUUUAUGGUGGUGAUCAUGCAAGAGCAACAACAACAACAGCAGAAUCCCUCUGUACUGUUGCCACAACUCACCACCACCAAUCCCCAAUCUUCCUCAACCGCCACCUCCCUUAGGUCACCCUCCUCCACCUCCGCUGCUGCUACCGCCACCCAAUCUCACCUUUAUUCGCCUAUUCACAUCGCUUCCCACCGCUUACCCCAAUUCCAAUCACUUCCGUCGCCUGUCGCGGCGGGUCUCCCGUCUGGGGAGCCGGUUUCGACGGCGCCGCCUACUUUUCAGUUGGCGAGGGUUCGGCUGUCGGACAUUGCUCCUUAUGACGGUGCACCGGCGGUGUCCUAUGUUAGGGCAAUGGAAACACUGUGUUCGUCUCUGUUGAAGCAUAAUGCGGCGUUGAUUGAAUUAGGGAGUGAAGAUACUUCUCUGAUGCGAUGUGGAUUGGAAGGUGCUAGAUUGUUCUUCAGGAGUAGGGCACAUCUUGGCGUUGGGAAGGGAAGCCGUGGGGUUUACAUGUAUAGGGCAGGAAGGGCUUUGGAGGAUUGGGAUUCAUCUCCUCCUUGCAUGGCUGAUAUUUUUAGGUGUAUGGGAAAGGCUUCUCGUGUUGCUUUGUCUGCCAUUGCAAGGCAUCUGCGCCUGAGAAGCGAUGUUUUUAACCAAUUGCUUGAUGAUGCUCCAUUGCCUGCAAACGAGGUGUCUUCUUCUGUUCUUGUUGGGACCUACUCACAUGCUUCUUUGCAAAAUGGAAAAGGUGUCAUAGGAGGCGGUAAACCUACCGUCAAUGGUGAAGUUGAGAAGGGGUUGUUGACAUUGAUAUCUUCUGACACUCCUGGUUUUCAGGUAUGUGACCCCAAUGGCCGCUGGUAUCUGGCAGACAGUGGGUCUGGGCCUGGAGAUCUUUUACUUAUAACAGGCCGGGCGCUUAGCCAUGCUACUGCAGGCCUACAUCCAGCUGCAUCAUAUAGAGCUUCGCCAGAUUGUUUUUUGAGUCCUAAUAGUGGUGGAAGGACUUUACUUGCAUAUAGACUCAUGCCACAGGGCAAUGCUAUAUUAGAUUCUUCUCCAAUUGCAGCAGCUGGUCAUGUUAUUCCUCAAAGCUAUGUUCCAAUAUCUGUAAGCCAAUUUAUGGACGACCUUGCUGCUGAAGAACUGAUAGGUAGCAGAUGUGAUAAUGAUGAUGUUGCUCAAAGCAAUGUGAACAAGGAUCCAUCACUAAGAAGUGUUCUAUCAGAUCCUUUGUCUGGCUCAUUCCUGGAAGAUGCAAUGCUUGUCUCAUGUGGACAUUCCUUUGGCGGUCUCACACUGAGGAGAGUCAUUGAAACAUCAAGAUGCAGCCUCUGCAAUGCUGAUGUUGAGACCGGUUCUCUGAUCCCUAAUCUUGCUCUUAGAGCUGCAGCUGCUGCUGUCAAACAUGAGGAUGACCGAAGGCUAUUUCGUAAUGCUGCUCUUCGAAAGCGGCGGAAAGAAAUGGGUGAACAAAUUGAUCCAAUCAGAAGAGUGAACAGGGAAAAUGGAGAUUUUACUUCUGCUGAUGGACUCCAGCGGAGAGUACAAUAUCCAUUUUCAGUAAAUGAGAAGGUUAUUAUUAAGGGUAACAGGAGAACACCCGAAAAAUUUGUUGGAAAAGAAGCUGUCAUUACGUCUCAGUGUCUGAAUGGCUGGUAUUUGCUCAAGAUUAUUGGAACUGGAGAGAAUGUCCGCCUGCAAUAUCGUUCUCUCAGGAAGCUCUUAAACUCACCAGCCAUGGAGGACCCGUGUCAGCUGCAGCCAGUUCAAAAUAACAGCUCUUAAAAAACGAUUCAAUUCAGGUUUUCCUUCUUUCAUUUUUAGACGAGGAGAGAAAAGGAAACUUUUGUAGUCUUGAUCCUUCAAAGCAAAGAGUUAUCUUUGAUUUUAUAUAGAAUUAUAUAACUGAUCCGGUUCCUUAUGUGAUAGUCCAAGAAGAGGUGAUUGUGCAGUUGCUUAAGUUAGGUCGGCUUAUAUUUUUUUGUAAAGAAAACAGACACAAAUGGAUUAGAUAGUAUGUAAAUUGUAGCUUGCAAUUUUUACCAGUAUGCAGUUUUUUUUGUAGAAUGUGUUGCUUCUAGCCUCUAUGCUCUUUACUUGUGAAUUGUAAGUUAUCAACAAUAAAUACUGGCUUGAAGGGAAAGUAGAUAAGUGAACUCCUGCUCCCAUACCUCUGAUGAUGUACAUUGCAAAUUUAUGACGAAAGUGAUUGAAUUAAUUGGCA